CUGCCUUGCCUACAGUCAGGAUAAAGAUGGCGAAGUUGGUGCUGCUGGUGGCUUUGUUGGCGUCGGCGGGACGCUGGUCGCUGGCCUCUGAAGGGAACGCAGAGGAGCAGCUGUUCCCUCCUUUGCACCCCAACUGCACGCAGAGCCUGACGGACCUUCUCCUGCUGCGGCAGGAGACUCAGCUGAACAGAAUGGCCGCGGCGCAAGAGGCCACGACGGAGCUCCUGAAGGAGAGCCUCGAGACGUUGGUUCAGGUUCGCGACUCGCUGAAGGCCCUGGGCAGCAAGGCAGAAGGACGCACACCUGAGAGCGUGGUGUGUGUGUCUCCAUUCACGCAAGUGGGAGGCAGCUGUCUCCUGCUGGCGCUUGACGAGCUGCACACUUGGCAGUCAGCACGGCAGUUCUGCGCUGGGUACGGGGCCGACCUGGCUCACUUCUCGGACGUCAACACCUAUGCGGCCAUCAUUGAAUACAUCAAGACCAUCAAUCAGCAGAGGAAAAGCGUGAGUGUCUGGGUCGGCGGGUCAGACGAGGCCGUUGAGGACACUUGGCUCUGGGUCACCGGGGAGCUGAUGCCCGGGGGACGCCCUUCUGGGGAACGAAGGACGGGUACAGACCACAGCCCGGUGACGGUCGGGGCCAAAACUGCGCAAUUCUGUGGCAGGCAGAUCAGUACUACACUCAUGACGUAGCUUGUAUUUACAAAGCCGCUCCUCUUUGCCAGGUAUGAGUCUGACGGCUCUGAGAAGGGAUACAUUUGAUAAGAGAAGUAAUAUGGUUGGUUUUCAUUGUUAUUGUUGUUAACGUCACUGUUUUCUUUUAUUGUUGUAAUUACUGUUAUUGUUAUCCCUUCGUGAUCACGAUAUUGAGUAUGUGAAAUAGAAAAUCUGAAAUUCCUGAAUGGCUGAGUAUGCAAUAAAUUAGGAAAUUAGCGAAAGAGAGAGAGAGAGAGAGAGAGAGAGAGAGAGAGAGAGAGAGAGAGAGAGAGAGAGAGAGAGGAGAGAGAGAGAGAGAGAGAGAGGAAGAGAGAGAGAA